AUGGCUGAAAUCGUCGAAGAAAAGGUCAUUGUGCCCACCACCUCGAAGAACUUGUUGAACGACAAGUGGGACGUGGUGUUGUCCAACGCUUUGAUCAAGACCGGCUUGGGCUUCGGUGCCGGUGUUUUGGCCUCGGUGUUGCUUUUCAGAAGAAGAGCCUGGCCCGUGUGGGUUGGUGUUGGUUUCGGUCUCGGCAGAGGCUACUCGGAAGGUGAUGCCAUUUUCAGAUCGAACGCCGGGGUUAGAGUUGUUGAAGCUUAA